AAGCAAUCAAUUAAUCACAGUUGAACGAACAACGUUACUUAAUCGGUCCAUCAAAAUCUAAUUCAAUUAAAGAGAAUGGCGAAAGGUGCAUCUGUGAUGAGGGUGAGCUUAUUGGUCAUGAUCAUGAUCAUGCUGCUGCUUUGUUCUGCUGCUGCUGCUGCUGCUGCGAAGAAAGGAGGUGGAGGGGGGCUGAGCUGCAAGACGGUGGUGGACCGGCUGAUGCCGUGCAAGGAGCACCUGACCAAGGGCGGGAGCGUGCCGUCCAAGUGCUGCAGCAGCAUGAAAGCCCUGCAGCGGCAGGCCAACACCAAGUCGGCCCGGCAGACGGCGUGCCAGUGCCUCAAGCUCUCCGCCAAGGCCUACAAAGUCAACGAGAAGUACGCCGCCGCCCUGCCCUCCGCCUGCAACAUCAACAACAUCGGAUACGCCAUCAGCUACUCCACCGACUGCAACCGCGUCAAAUGAUAUAUAUAUGCAUGCAUGGGGAUAUAUAAUAAUGUACGUACGUAUAGUGGGCAGCCACGUCGACGUCGAUGGGAUGAGCGAGCUGCUUGCUAGCUAGCUAGCUACCUACCUAGGAAAUUAAGAGCCGGUUCGAAUCGAGUAUGUUCGAUCGGAUAAUUAAUUAUAUUAUAUUCACAAUAAACAGUGCAGUGCAGUGCAGUGCAGUGCUACUUAAUUGAUCUGCCUAUAUACAUACAUACAUACAUACAUAAAUAUAUAUAUAUAUAUAUCAUAUCUUUGAGAGAC